UUAUAUAUAUAUUAUAGUAGUGGCUUACGAACAUUUAAUUUUUAUAUUAAAUACCUAUGUUUAUGAUUUUAGAUUAAUAUAAAUACAUCUUGUAUAUAAAUGGCUAUAUAUAUGAGGUGUUUCAGACUACAAAGUUUUAAAUUUUUCAGCACUAGAACAUCUGAAAUACUACAGUUGUUAAAUAAAGAUGCAAGGGUGCCAUAUGCUGUUUACAGAAGAUGUAAAUAUAAUAUGUGGAUCUGCCAGUAUAUACAACUAAAUAGAUAUCAUACUAGUUGCAGCUUAUAUAAGAGAAGAAAAACUGCCGAAGAAAGAAAAUCUUCUAAGCUGAUAGAAUAUUCUCCAAAAGCAAAAUCUGAAAUAGUAGACGUAUGGAGAGGUAUAACGCCAUCAGAAUUAUCUGAAAUAUUAAAUCAAAACUUGAAUUAUGUGUAUGAAAUAUUUUUAAAUCAAGUUCACCAUCCACAUACACCGAUUGACGAUAUUAAGGUUCUUCAGCUAGCAAUACGUAGAAGUGGUCGUCGUAUGCGAAUUAUCGCAAAUCCUAAAGAUAUUACCAAAGAAGUUAUAAAGAAGGAUGCCUACCCUCGACCUCCUCCAAAGAAAGACGAUUUAAAACCUCGACCACCGGUUGUUACUGUUAUGGGUCAUGUAGAUCAUGGCAAAACUACAUUACUUGAUUCUUUAAGACAGUCCAAUGUUGUUAACCAAGAAUUUGGAGGAAUAACUCAGCACAUUGGAGCAUUUUCUGUUACAUUAAAAUCUGGAGCAAAAAUAACAUUUUUGGAUACUCCUGGACAUGCUGCUUUUACAUCCAUGAGGAAAAGAGGUGCUAAUGUUACAGAUAUAGUAAUUUUAGUAGUAGCAGCAGAUGAUGGUGUUAUGGAGCAAACAGUAGAAUCAGUUAGAAUGGCUCGACAAGCUCAAGUUCCAAUUUUGGUUGCAAUCAAUAAAAUAGACUCACCAAAAGCAGAUAUUGAGAAAGCAGAAAAAAUGUUACUAGAAAUAGGUCUACAAGUUGAAAAACUUGGUGGUGAUAUUCAAGCAGUGCCCAUAUCUGCAUUAAAGAAACAAAAUCUGGAUCAGUUAACUGAAGCAUUAAUAUUACAAGCGGAACUAUUAGAAAUUGGCGGUGAUCCUACAGGACCAGUUGAAGCAACUGUUAUUGAAAGUCAAAUCCAUCCACACAGAGGAAAACUUUGCACUGUUAUAGUACAGAGAGGAACUCUGAAGAAGGGAGAUAUCUUAGUUGCUGAUGCAGUUAUGGGUAGAGUGAGGGCAUUAAAAGAUGAAGAAGGCAAACCUUUACAAGAAGUUGCUCCAGGUUAUCCUGCAGAAAUUGAAGGAUGGAAAGAAUUGCCACCUGCGGGCGCACAAGUACUACAAGUAGAAUCAGAAAAAAGAGCUAGAGAAGUAUUAAAAGUUAGAGAAGGAAUAAAAGAUCAAGAGAAAUUGGAAGAAGAUGCUAAGGAAAUAACUAAGAAAAUGGAACAACACAAUAGAGAAUAUAAAGAAAAGUUAGAAAUGAAGAGAAGAUUAGGUAGAUAUAAAUUGAAAAGAGAAGGCCCACGUCAACCUGAAAUUUCCAAAGAUGAUAAUACAAUUCCUACAAUAAAUUUAAUAGUAAAAGCAGAUGUAGAUGGAACUUUGGAAGCCUUAUUGGAUACUUUGGAUACAUAUGAGUCUACAGAAUGUAAAAUGGAUUUGGUUCAUUAUGGAGUAGGCUCAAUUAUACCAACUGAUGUAGAAUUAGCAGAAACUUUUAAUGCCAUAAUUUAUGCCUUUAAUGUGGAUGUACCACCAAAUUUAAAAAAGACUGCCGAAGAGUUAAAUGUAGUUAUUAAACAUUUCAAUGUCAUCUAUAAAUUAAUAGAUGAUAUCAAGGAGGAGAUUAAUGUUACUUUACCACCGAAAGAUGUUGAAGAGACUUUAGGUGAAGCUGUUGUGUUACAGCAGUUCGAAAUAACACAGGGUAGAAAAAAAAAUCCUGUUGCUGGAUGCAGAUGUGUUAAAGGCUCUUUGAAACGAACAGCAAUGUAUAAAAUAAUUAGAAAUGGGGAAGUGAUACAUACAGGUACCCUUUCAUCAAUGAGGCAUUUGAAAGAUGAAGUGGAUGUUAUUAAAAUAGAUACAGAAUGUGGUUUGCAGUUAUCUGAAAAAUCUGUUAAUUUUCAACAAGGAGAUAAAAUUAUUUGUUAUGAAAUAAAAACUAUACAUCAGAAAAUUAAUUGGGACCCAGGAUUUUAAAUAUCUUUAUUUGCACACUUAAAGCUUGUAAAUAUAAAAAGUAUUAUAGUGUCUUUUUAGUA